AUGAAAUCAAAAUAAUUAACUCCCUAAAGAGUAGUGUCUACUAUCAAGUUGAGAAAGGCUCUUUACUUUUAUAAGAAAGACAAAGAAGUAUUGGACCUAAAGAUCAAGUUGAAUGAGAUGUGUGAAUCUACUUUUCUUACUAAUGCAGAACUGCAUCACAUAGUCCGUUCAGUUUCUCGAGGGAACUCCCCAUCAUCAUAGAGAUUUCGAAUUCGGACAGAAACUGCAACGAUUAGCACAGGACCUAAGACACCGUAACAUAGAUUCAAAAAAUUCGAUUUCACCACAACUGCACAUCUCUAUUUCGCUUGAUUAUUAUU